AUGACCAAUGAACCAAACCAACCAUUUAAUAUCGAAGAAUGGUUAGCCAUUCAAAAGAAAGGAUUUGGUGGAAAAAUCUCCCGAGAGGUUUUCAUUGCCAAAAUGAAAGACUUGGGACAAGAGAUAGAACAACUGAAAAAAAAUCAAACCGCAUUAGAAACCAAAAAUAAAAAGUUGGAAGAGCAGUCGACAAUCGCUCAAAGCGAUUUAACUAGUCGCGACCAAAUUAUUACUCAAACUCAAAAUAAAUUAACCGAGCAAGAGAAAAUUUUACAGAGUAAAGAGGAACAAUUGCAACGCAAUCUUUUAGUUUUACAAGAUAAAGAUAAUGAAUUACAAAAAAGACCUGAUAUUACUAAGGAAAAAUUUCAAGAGCUAGUAAAUAAUCAAGAAAAGCAUAGUGAUCAAGACUUAAAACCUAAUAAUUUACCUGCUGAUUGA